GACGGUCGAACCAGUGGCCGAGAAAAUAAGAUCGAGCAAGAGUGUUACCGUAGCCUUCAAACUAAACGGCUCAAACUAUGCAUUAUGGGCGCGUUUAAUGAAGGUAUCCAUAGGCGGCCGAGGAGUCUACCGCCAUAUAUCCGGUGUCCCACCUCCACCACAGCCGGGGGAGAAAGGGUAUACCGAUUGGGAGGAGAUAGACUUGAUAGUCUUCUCCUGGAUUAUCGACAAUAUGGAAACCAACAUCAUCGCCGACUUUGCGCAUCACCAAACGGCGAAAGCACUAUGGGACACGUUAGCCGUAACUUUUGCAAGUUCGGCGGAUUCGUAUCUCAUAUACGACCUGCGAGACAAGGCGAGCAGAGUUAUACAAGGAGAAUUAACAUUGGAAGCAUACUGGAGUAGACUCCACUGAUUGUGGAUCGACAUUGAUCGAUGCCCACACAAAACAGUAAAUUGCUGCGAUAAAGGGAUAGCACAGUACCGAGACAUCAAGGCCGAAUUGAGAUUGUUCAAAUUUCUUACCGGAUUAAACAAGAAAUACGACUGGAUCCGACGGGAGAUCCUCAAAGAGGAUCCCUACCCCUCAGCCGACGUAGCGUACGGAUGGGUGAAACGGGAGGCGGCUCGACUCAAGAUCAUGUCGCCGGCGUCCGAAUCGACCUCCAUCGCUGUCGGGAGUAAGACAUCAUCGGGGGUCGGAUUUGGGUUCGGGGCACGCGAAUACCGUCCACCACAGAACAGAGGGCAACCAUCGACGCAACGCAACACCACCAGCCGCCGGGGAAACAACCUUCCGGACAAAUCCAAACUUUGGUGCUCCCACUGUGGAAUGCAAAAACACACAAAGGAGACUUGCUUCCAAUUAGUAGGAUAUCCAGAGUGGUGGGAAGAGGAGAAGGCCGGAAAGGCGAAGGUCGCUAUCGGGACAAACAACGGAGGCCGAAAUCAGACAGAAGGGGAGCGAGAGGCAACAACCUUUCAAGAAAGGAAAACUGAUACCGGAGGUCUCCUAACCGACGGCGGCGGACGCAGCGAGAGCAGCGGUGGAGGGAAACCAGCCGAGGCGAUGAUCGCCUCAUUCAGACUAGACGGCGGGGAGACAGGAGGAUAUCCGGACGGGGAAGAUUAUUGGACGUGGCACUGAACGUCGCGGGCUCUACUUUGUGGACGAGAUCGCUCGACGAGAUGGUGCGGCGAUGCUUGCUCACGGGUCCACUGAUCGAAAUGCUUGGCUCUGGCACCGUCGGAUGGGACAUACCUCUCCGGGUUAUUUGAAAUCCUUAUUUCCUAAACUUUUUGUUCCUAAAGAUUUUUCUUGUGAAGCAUGCGUUUUGGCCAAGAGUCACCGAAACUCAUUUAAACCUAAUGAUACUCGUCUUGAGACUGUUUUCUCUUUGGUUCAUUCUGAUGUGUGGGGCCCAGCGCCUAUAGGAACAAGCUUUGGAUUUAAAUAUUUUGUGAUAUUUAUUGACGAUUGCAGUAGAA